GAGAGAGCGGUUUGGAACGUGGGAGAGAGCGCGCAAGAACGAGAGAGAGGGCUAUCACUUGUCUACUACAAGCACACUGGGUCGAGAGGAAAGCUUCGCUUUAAAAAAAGUUGGAGAAGGGAAAGAGAGAGUCCCACUCCGGCGCGAGGCGUGCUCCAGCCCCUAUAUACUCGCUGUGAGACAAGAAUGAGAAAAGGGCUUCUUGGGCGCUUUUUCUGUAUGCAUGGUGUGCGUGUUUCGACAAGAUGUGCCUGUACUUAAAAAUAGUCGCUCACUGCGCUGGCGCGGGCGGGUUUGCCAAGGUCCGGCGCUGGGGUCACCUGCACCCCCUCUCUGGCGAUUCUUGGCACUGUCCGGGCAUUCUAGCCGAAGGGAGUGGUCUGGCGCGCGGUGAUUGGUCCCAAAUACAUCACUGUAAUCGCAUUUUACUCUCCCCCAGCCCCUGGCCAGCAGCAGCGCGGCCGUUGAAAUAUUUCGAUUCGGCUAUUCCACCUGCGCACACUCAUCGAUUAGUUCUCAGAAAUAGCCACCGAAGGCUGGGCCCGCGAGAGCUAACAGACAAGCGCACGUCCAGGCCGCCUGGCAGCCGACGCUGUGGCAGAGAUCUUGCGGCUGCCCGUGCAGCGCAGCAUCCCGUUCGAGGAGCAUGCGCCUGUCUGGCCCACGACAUUGGAGAGGGAGAUGGUGCGAGAAUCCACACUAAUUGCCCAGAUCGUCCUCGGCAGCGCGCCGGAGGCAAGCGGAAGCCAAUUGGUAUCGAACACCCUCCUCAUGUGCGAAGCAGUCGCCCCCUUGUAGACGCGCUUUUCUCUAAGCGGGGAUGGGACCGACGGGUAGCGAAACUGGCGUGAUGUGCUUUCGGCACAUCGAUGGAUCGGCCAUUCUGCUCUAUUUACAAGAGCGAAUCCUGUAAU